AUGAAUAAAGUCAAAUAUUUAUUACAAAUAAGACAGUUAAAUUCGUUAUCAGCUUGUAUUACAAAACCUCAUAGAAAUACGUAUUUAAAAACUUAUCCAACAGUCAUUGCCAAACCUGAUGGUUCUACUUAUACAAUUCGAUAUGAAGAACCUAGAAAGCUAAUAAAAUUACCUCUUAAUAUAUGGACCUUAAGUGAAGCUGAAAGAAAAGCAAGGUUAGAAGACCGUAAACCUAAGAAAAAAGUCAAGAUUGUGGAGGAUAUUGAUGAUUCCUAUGAUUCCAAGAAAUAUCUAAAAUAUAUAAAAAGGAAAUAG